GGACGCAGCCAACCUCGAUACUUAUUCGGGACAUUAAACUACAAGUGUACAAGUAAUACGUUGCCCACACCCGUAUCCUGUAACAAGUAGGCAGCAGAAUAUGAUCAGACGGACAGCUGUAAACUUCUGUGGCGAUCACACUCUUCAUUUACCACUAUAAAAGCUAGAAGUUGACGGUUUCCGAAGCUCAUUGGAUUUCACACCAGUCAUAGUGAAAGUGCUCUCAAUACAAUGAAGUUUUCUUUCAUUUUGCUCCUUUUUUUCUCCUACUGGCAUCCUUCCCUCUGUGUAAUAGAUGAUUUGCCCAAGUUUCGUGUAGUUUGCACCGUCUCUGACGCUCCAGUUCCACUUCAAGAGCCAGAAGACGUUCUCCUGGAUGAAGUAUGUAGCGACGUUCUUUAUAGGAUCUCUUAUAAGACACGGAAUUCCUAUCGGCGAAAUUCAUUAAACUCCUCAGAUUCCGUAUCCAGAUUCCGCCAGCGCCAUCCCAAGCUGCCAUUGCAAAUAUCUAUCCAUGAUUUCUUAUUGGAGGAUACACCGUCUACAGGAGCCACAUCGUUAAUUACUCUUCUGAAGAAGAUGAAUGCCACCGGCCUCGAUGUCAUCGUAAACCCUAAAACUAAUCUAGCAGUUCUGUCACAAGUGCUAUCAAACUAUCAACAAACUCUGUUUGCCAACUCGCUUGGCCUGAGUGUCACUAUCGGUAGCAGCUUGAACAUCAGUUCAAUAAUCCAGCAUGGCAUAGAUGUCCUAGUUGAUAAUCUGUUCUUGGUUCCGAAUGACCUAGCAAACAUAGAUCACGAAGAAUUUAAUUUGACUAUCGUAAAUGCCUUACCAAAAGACAAACUGGUGAUGGGAUUUCCAUCGGUGGUGUUCAAAAUUCCUCAUUCACAAGAUCGUUUUAGCAUCCCGUCUGUUGCAGAACUCUGUCAGGAUUCAAAUCUAAAGCAAUGGAAACCGAAAAUCGAAGAUGAUGAUCAAGUUAUCUGGAGUCACGCUGAGAAACCGUGGAAGUUCAGUAUGAAGAUGGGACGUGCCGUAACCAAACAAUUGAGCAAGAUUGCCAAUAACAGCUUACGCACUGGCAUUUUGUUAUUUGAUGUAUCAUUUCGGCUGGAACGCAAUCCGAUUUGCUUCAGACACAGAGCCCUUUUUAUAGACUCUCUCCGUCAAGCGGCCAGGAAGCUGGGCUAUGCAACAGAAGGACAACGCGUGAAACGAGCCCAAGAAGAGCCAAUAUCUUCUGUUGCUAGACCCGGAAUGAAACUGACAGGAAAAGGCAAUCGAUUAGGCAAAAUUCUCAUCUUUGCAGUUGGAGAUGAAGACGAACAAUUUAGAAAAUAUUACAGCGUCCAUGACGAAGAUACAUUCCUCGACAGUCCUGUUGAUAACGUCGUGCUGGGAUACGAUGAUGGCGGCAAAAUUUACGAUAUUUACCAACAAAUGCCACGUGAACUCAGUCAACAAUCCAUUUUCAACACCAUUCAUCAAUACUUUGUGGACAAAAUUUUAGGAGGUGGCGGUGGAAAUAUUUUUGGCGCUGUUCAGGUUCAUCCACCAAAUAUUCUGGUCUAUCCAGAUGCAGUUGCUGAACAUCCAGUUCCCAUACUGGUUACCUGGGUCCGAGUUGCCAGUCCGAUUGUACGACUGCUGCCACGUAAAACACGGAAACAAUCUUCGACAUCCACCACGUCCACUACAUCCAUACCAAGCACCACACCCCAAAUGUGUAGCGGCUCACCUCAACGUUGUAUCAUUCCGGUGAGUUUGAUGGAGACAUUAGAUUUGAGAUCUCCUCCACACACAACGACAACCACAAGAAAAUCAACCACUAUGCGCCAAACUACUAUGAAACCGUUAGUGCCUGUAAAUCCUCACGCUAGGCUGUCUAACCAGGCGAACGCAAAUGUUGAAUUAACGGAAGGAGAAGCUCAUGAAACGACGACACCUUCACCUCCAGCAUUGAACUUUACACUCGUGCCAGUAGCUAACAGCGAAGAACCGAAACAAGGCAGAAUGUCAUACUCAUCCGAACAGCACAUCCUCUGCAAUUGGAAAUCCGCGAAUUCUUAUUUGUUUUGUAAGAAUCGGAACUGAAAAAUGGUCCAAGGCUGGAAUUCAAUAGUGGGGAAAUAAAAAUCAUUUAAGCUUUUCCCAAAUAUCUCUAGCUUUUCGUACUUAAAAGCUUUGCCUUUGAGCACAUUAGUGUUGAAACAUUACCCCAAUUGUUUUCCCCCAAAGCAUCUCCCCCACCCAAAAAAGAAAAUUUUAGUUGUAUUGAGGUUCUGCUAAAAUCCCACAAACUCAUCGAGUGACUGAUCACUGAAUUGAUUACGUUAACCUAGCGGUAACGAUGUCAGUAACACAAACUAAUUUCAAGUAUGCCCGAGUUUCAAAUUCCCAUUAUUCUAAAACCGCAUCCACUACUUGUCUUUUUGCAGACACUGUUUUUUGUGUUAAAAACAAACAUCAGCACUGUUUUUUUUAUAGCAACAACAUGUUUAAAAAGAGCAACAAUGUUGUACAU